AUGGCUGUUCCUGAGCCAGCGACGGUGACGGUGCAGACUAAGACUUUGUCGACUCCGGCAGCCAAGUCGAACGGAGAAGCAAAGCUUCCAUUGGCUCCCAUUGAACCAGCUUCGAAGUCUCUAGUCAAUGGGAAUGGUGCUGCAGGAAAUGGUCAAUCACUAGCUCCUCCUGCUGAUCUUCAAGUCCCCACUGACCGACCCUCACCCAAGUCUAUCGGAUCAUCCUUCAGUCCUCCUCCGCCAGCUUCCGCAACCCUUUCACCUUCUUCCGGCCCCAAUCUCCCUCGAAAGUCGAGUUUGUCUCGAUCACCCCCUGCGUCGAAAUUCACCCCUGAUCUUCCUGACUCCCUACCUCAUCCGAGUGACCCUCUGCCCGUCAAUCGCAAAAGAAAGACACCAACGGACUUUGGUGAGACGCCAGGAUCUCCCGGUAGAAGUGCGGUGAAAUUCGAGGAUGGAAUCGGACCUGGAGAGGGGAAAGACGGAGAGACCACGAUCAAAAAGCCAAAGAGCAAUCAAAAUGUCAUUGAGAGGACGAUCUGGACCUUUAUCAUGAUUGGGGUCUUCAUCGCUCUCCUCUGCCUCGGCCACCCUUACAUGAUCCUCUUGGUCAUGCUGUGUCAGACUUUGGUAUACAAGGAAGUCACUGCACUGUUUGAUCUCCGUGACGAGGGGACGAAGAGUUUGGAGAAUGAUUUGUGGAGCAAGACUCUGAACUGGUACUUCCUCGUCGUAACCAACUACUUCCUUUACGGCGAAUCGAUCAUUUACUACUUCAAGCACAUUGUCUUUGUAGAUGCGUUCUUCAUUCCCUUUGCACGGAACCACCGGUUCAUCAGCUUCAUGCUGUAUAUGGUCGGUUUCGUCGGAUUUGUUGGCAACCUCCAACGCCAGUAUCUCAGACAACAGUUUGCACUUUUCUGCUGGGUCCAUAUCACUCUGCUCCUGAUCGUCGUCUCGAGCCACUUCAUCGUCAACAACAUUCUCGAAGGACACGUGUGGUUCUUCAUUCCUGCGUCCUUAGUCAUUUGCAACGACGUCAUGGCCUACGUCUGUGGAAAGCUUUUUGGACGAACACCCCUCAUCAAGCUCAGUCCAAAAAAGACAGUGGAGGGAUUCGUCGGAGCUUUUAUCUGCACCCUCAUAUUUGGUCUUCUGUGGGGCACGUUCUUCAUGCGAUUCAAGUACAUGGUCUGCCCAGCGAGAGAUCUCGGCACCAACGUCUUUUCGCACGUCACCUGCAAGCUCAAUCCGGUGUUUGUCUGGCGAGACUACGAGUUCACGGGACCAAUCCGCAACAUUCUCGAGACGAUCCUCGGUCACGCCCCUCCGACCGUGCCUUAUGCGCCGUUCCAGCUUCAUGUUCUGGUCAUGGCCACCUUUGCGUCUCUCGUCGCUCCGUUUGGCGGGUUCUUCGCUUCUGGAUUUAAACGAGCAUUCAACAUCAAAGACUUUGGAGACUCCAUUCCCGGUCACGGAGGCAUGACCGACCGUAUGGAUUGCCAGUUCAUGAUGGGCAUGUUCUCUUACGUCUAUUACUCGUCGCUCAUCCGGAUCCAAUACGUGACUGUCGGAUCGAUCAUGCAGACUGUGGUAACGUCUUUGAGUGCAUCUGAGCAGCUCGAGCUGUUGAAGGAUCUGCGAACUUUCCUUAAAGGUCAAGGUGUGAGGGUGUAA